AUGAACCGAUGGUCCACUUGUCUGUUGGGAUGGACGGCCUUCCUCCUCUACACCUAUGAGAUAAGUGGAGGUCUACACAGCAUGUGUGUCUUUCCCUUCAUCUACAAGAAGUCUGCUUACUUCUCUUGCAUCAGAAGAAGCAACUUAUGGCCUUGGUGUGCAACCAGAGCAGUGUACAAUGGCCAGUGGAAGCUGUGCUUUAUAGAAGAUUACCCACGAUGCAUCUUCCCCUUCAUCUAUCAAGGAAAGUCCUACAGGAGCUGCAUCAAGGAAGGCAGCUUAUUUGGAAAGCUGUGGUGCUCAGUCACCUCCAACUUUGAUGAGAAGCAGCAGUGGAAAUACUGUGAAGUCAACGAGUUUGGGGGAAAUUCCUUAAGCAAGUCCUGCGUCUUCCCCUCCAUCUACAGAAAUAAUGUAAUCUCCGAAUGCCUUGAGGACGAAAGCAGCAGGCUGUGGUGCCCAACCACAGAGAACAUGGACAAGGACGGGAAGUGGAGUCUCUGUGCCGACACCAGAAUUACAUCCAUGGUUCCUGGCUAUCCCUGCCACUUCCCAUUCAUCUAUAAAAACAAGAAUUAUUUUAACUGCACUACCAAAGGAUCAAAGAGAAACAUUUUAUGGUGUGCAACCUCUUACAACUAUGACCGGGACCGCACCUGGGUGUACUGCUAA